CAUCGCGGAAGCUCAAGGUGUCUUUACAAUCCCAGCUUCACAAAGUGCAGACUAUCGCCCGCCGCUGUCUCCAAUUGAGUCGCUCGCUUGACGCAAUACUCGCUGCCGAGUCCCACUAAAGAACACAUACACCUUCACAUCACGAACGCGCGGCCAAGAUGAUUACCGACAACCAACUCUACACGCUCGCCAUAUUCCUCGGAAGCGCUUCCAUGCUCUUGAUCGUUCUUUACCACUUUCUCGAGGUGAACUCGGAAGACCACGUUGCGGAAGAGAAACCCAGGACUGCGGCGGGCAAGGCUAAGGCAUGAUGGACCAGACCCAGAGCGCAUGAUACCACACGAGAGCAGUUGUGCAGUCCUAUACGGUACUACGAGACGGGCGAAAAGGGUGACGAUAAGGAGGUCAGCCACGCGUACAGACACCUCACAUGGUUUAUGGGCAGCAUAAGAG